UACUUGCGAGUGAGGGCAGUUGAGACAGAGACGGCGAUAGAUCGACAAGCAUUGCGAGUCACAAUAAUAAGGCGGAGUUGGUAGGGACCAUUGGCAGGGCAGGCUGAACUCGACAACAACACACCUCAAGUCAGCUCCCACCACGGGCAGGAAACUCCCCGGCGGAUUUAACUACAUUUGUUUCCAAUUGCCGGAGGUGUAUUAAACUAAUGUUGACCAGCUAUCUAUAUGAGUGAGAUUAGAGCGGAAAAAUUACUCGUACAUUGUGCACGUCACCGCGGACUUUGCGUACGAGACUGGCAACAGAGAGCUACAAAGCCGGCUGUGCCGUAUGGUUGAGAGCAGCCCAGCCCCCAACGAGUCGGAGUGGCCUGCUCAAAGGAGAGAGAGAAAGCUAACUUAGCUGAUGCAUUAACUUACCCUGUUGCUGCAUCUUACUGUUCGGGUGUUUGGGUUUUACCUUGACGUCUUCUUUUAACACCGAUUUUAACGCACUAUGUCGUAAAAAGUUGAACGGUCUCGUUUUAUUUGGUCCAUAACCUUUUGACAGACAUCUGUAGGUUAUUUUGUGUUGGAUAACGUUAGCUUACAGCAGUGAUAGUAACGUUGUUAGCCGGUUAGCUAGCAAGGUAGCUAUAGCUACGUCGUUUCAAAUUAGCUAGCUAGUCUCAAAGCUGUACACUGCUUUGUGAACAGUAGCAGGUUAAAAUUUGAAUUCCAAAAAGCAGAAGCAUGCUACAGUAGGUGGCGUAUGGUAACGGUCAUUGUUAGUGUUUAUAGACUGCUGGUGAACGCUUGUUUGCGAAUUUGCUGUAAACAUCGCAUGCCUUCCCAUUUUCUGCAGUUUUUCUAACGGUAGAUUUGGCUGUUGUAACGUGAAAACCCUGUUGCAAGGAUUCUAAUACGGUCGCUUUGAUCUGUGUGUAACUGUUAAUCAAUUUAACAGAUGAUGUAAAAAGGUCUGUCUAGUUUACAGGUCCUAGUUGCAUUUUAAUAAUUUGGUGAACUUACUAUCUAAGAGGGAGUUGAUCUAGUCCCUCGCUUUUUGCGUGGCAGCAUUCGCUCUCGAGUGCUUUGGAGUUUCAGGGAGUAAGAACUGGAAUUUAAAAAUCUCCGACCAAGUGGAGUUGUAUGUCGUUUUAACUGGAAAUCGAUUUGUUUGCGUGGGGCUAAGGGCUGUAUUUGGGGUUCUUGCAUCCUCCCUGAGCCAGCCGUUCUCCUCUGCGAGUUAUUCCCUCCCUUCCUCCUGAUCUCCGCUCUAUUUCGGCUCCUUUCUCCGAUGUGGAGCGCCUGAGUUUCACCGGCAACCUUUCCCCCCCGGAGGCCGGACAUGUUGAAGUGUAUUCCCCUGUGGCGGUGUAACCGCCACGUCGAGUCGGUGGACAAGCGGCACUGCUCCUUGCAAACAGUCCCCGACGAGAUCUACCGUUACAGUCGAACCCUAGAGGAGCUUCUUUUGGACGCCAACCAGCUGAAGGAGCUGCCCAAGCCAUUCUUCCGCCUGCUGAACCUGCGUAAGCUGGGCCUGAGUGAUAAUGAGAUCCAGCGGCUCCCUCCUGAGGUGGCAAACUUCAUGCAGCUGGUCGAGCUCGACAUCUCCAGAAAUGACAUUCCUGAGAUCCCUGAGAGCAUUAAGUUCUGCAAAGCGCUGGAGAUCGCCGACUUCAGCGGAAACCCCCUCUCAAGUUUGCCAGAUGGCUUCACACAGCUCCGAGGCCUUGCCCACCUCGCACUCAACGAUGUGUCUCUGCAGACUCUACCCAACGACAUAGGAAAUCUGGCCAACCUGGUGACCCUGGAGCUGAGGGACAAUCUGCUGAAGGCUUUGCCAACGUCUCUGUCCUUCCUCGUAAAACUGGAGCAGCUGGAUCUGGGCAGCAAUGUGCUGGAAGUGCUGCCGGACACACUGGGUGCUCUCCCUAACCUACGUGAGCUGUGGUUGGACAGGAACCAGCUGACCUUAUUACCACCUGAGCUUGGUAACCUGCGCCGGCUCGUGUGCCUGGACAUCUCCCAGAACCGUCUGGAGGAACUGCCCAAUGAGCUGAGCGGUCUGCUGGCCCUCACCGACCUACUGCUCUCCCAGAACCUCCUGGAGGUCAUCCCCGACAGCAUUGGCUCCUUGAAGCAGCUGUCCAUUUUGAAAGUGGACCAGAACCGGCUUCUACAACUCACUGACUCCAUGGGAGACUGUGAGAACCUGACGGAACUCAUGCUGACAGAAAACCUCCUGCAGGCUCUGCCCUGCUCCCUGGGGAAGCUGAAGAAGCUGACCAACCUGAACGUGGACCGAAACCGGCUUGGCACGGUGCCCCCUGAGCUGGGCGGCUGUACUUGCCUGAACGUGCUGUCGCUGCGGGACAACCGCCUGGCCAAGCUGCCUGCGGAGCUCGCCAACGCCACUGAGCUGCACGUGCUGGACGUGGCUGGGAACAGACUGCAGAACCUGCCGUUUGCUCUGGCUAACCUGAACCUGAAGGCCAUGUGGCUGGCAGAGAACCAGUCGCAACCCAUGCUCAAGUUCCAGACAGAGGACGACGAGCAGACGGGAGAAAAGGUGCUCACCUGCUAUCUGCUGCCGCAGCAACCCACCCCAAGCCUUGAGAACCUACUGCAGAAUAGCUUGGAUGAAAGCUGGACAGACAGCAACUUGAACCGAGUGUCAGUCAUCCACUUCCAGGAGGAGGCCAAGCCGGAAGACGACGAUGAUGAAGCUGCUGCUGAGCGAAGGCAGGGUCUCCAGCGCAGGGCGACUCCCCACCCCAGUGAGCUGAAGGUGAUGAAGAAGGUGAUUGAGGAGCGCAGGAACGAGGCCUACACCGCCAAACCAGAUGGAGACCUGGAGUCUCCUGGCUCAGAGGAGAAGCGCCUGAGUGGAUUGUCCAAUCAGAGCCACGACUCGCAGGCCUCCAACAGCACUGCCUCUGCUAACUCCCACAAUGAGAGGCAGGGCCUCAACAACCAGGGGCACGCUCUGCUUGUCGGGCACAGGCAGGAUGCGGAGGAGGAGGAGCUAGAUGAAAUGGAGGUGGAGUAUAUUGAGCCCACUGUGCACUUUGCCGAGGACCCCGUCAUCCGAGGCGGCGACGAGGACGAUGAGCAUGAGGACGAUGACGACGCCGGUAGCGACGACAACGCGGAGCCGCCGCCACCUUACCCCGGCAUGAAGCAGCGUCUGAUCCGCAAGGACACACCGCACUACAAGAAGCACUUCAAGAUCACCAAGCUGCCCAAGCCUGAGGCCGUGGCCGCCCUCCUACUGCAGGGAUACAACCCUGAAACCAUCCCCCACUCUCCUCACAACCAGAAUAAUGAAGAUGAGGAGGAGGAGGAUGAUGAGGAGGAGGAGGAGGAGGAGGGGAAGGACAUGGGGCAGAGAGAUGAGGAGGAGGAGGAAGAGGAGGAGAGGGAGAUGACCGCCUCCACCCCACUGAUCCAGCGGACGCCGGGCCCAGAGUUGGAGAACAGCCGGCACGUCAACUCCUCCCUGCAGCCGGUCAAGGGGGUGUCAUUUGAUCAAGUCAAUAAUCUGCUGAUUGAGCCUGCUCGAAUUGAGGAGGAAGAGCUGAGCCUGACCAUCCACAGGCAGACAGGAGGUCUUGGCAUCAGCAUUGCUGGUGGAAAGGGUUCCACGCCCUAUAAGGGGGAUGAUGAGGGCAUCUUUAUCUCCAGAGUGUCAGAGGAUGGGCCAGCUGCGCGUGCUGGAGUCAAAGUGGGAGACAAGCUCCUUGAGGUCAAUGACGUCUGUUUGCAGGGGGCAGAGCACCACACAGCAGUGGAGGCGCUGCGGAGCUCGGGUGUGGCCGUCACCAUGACUGUUCUGCGGGAGCGGAUGGUGGAACCCGAGAAUGCCAUCACCACCACGCCGCUGAGGCCAGAGGACGAUUACUUCCCGCGGGAGCGCCGCUCCAGUGGGGUGCCCUUCUGCAUGGAGCCCGACUCCCCCGCGCCCCCCACCAACACCUUCCGCCUGUCCACUUGCCUGCUGCGCAACGACAAGGGCCUGGGCUUCAGCAUCGCCGGAGGAAAGGGCUCGACACCCUACCGGACCGGAGACACACAUAUUUUCAUCUCUCGUAUCGCAGAGGGUGGAUCAGCAGACCGAGACAACGUCCUCAAAGUGGGAGACAGGGUCAUCUCUAUCAAUGGUGUAGACAUGACAGAGGCCAGGCAUGACCAGGCAGUAGCGUUGCUUACCGGAACCUCCCCCACCAUCGCCCUGCUGGUGGAACGCGAGCAGGGCCCCUCUGCCGGCCGCGGCCGCCCACACUCCCCCCCGCCCCCAGAGCCCUCUGACUCCCCCGAGCAGGAGGAACCCAACGACGAGCAAGGCAACCACCUCAGCCGCCCCAUGGAGGACGAGUACCCCAUCGAGGAAGUGAUCUUGGUGAAGGCAGGUGGGCCACUGGGGCUGAGCAUCGUGGGUGGCAGCGAUCAUGCCAGCCACCCGUUUGGUGUCAACGAGCCUGGCGUCUUCAUCUCAAAGGUGAUCGCCCACGGGCUGGCGUGCAAGAGCGGGCUGCGUGUGGGCGAUCGGAUCCUGGAGGUGAACACCACUGACCUGCGGCACGCCACGCACCAGGAGGCGGUGAGGGCGCUGCUCUCCAACAAGAAUGAGAUCCGCAUGCUUGUGCGCAGGGACCCCUCUCCACCGGGCAUGCAGGAGAUCGUUAUCCUGAAGCAGCCAGGGGAGAAGCUGGGCAUCAGCAUCAGAGGAGGAGCCAGAGGCCACGCUGGGAACCCCUUCGACCCCACGGAUGAGGGUAUCUUCGUCUCCAAGGUGAGCUCCAUGGGAGCGGCGGCCCGUGACGGCAGGCUGGUCAUGGGCAUGCGUAUCCUGGAGGUGGGCAACCACAGCCUACUGGGUAUGACGCACACGGAGGCGGUACGGGUGUUGCGCUCCACCGGAGACACACUGGUGAUGCUGGUGUGCGACGGCUUUGACCCUCAAAACGUCACGGGCAUCGAGGCGUCACCUGGGGUCAUCGCCAACCCAUUUGCGAGUGGAAUUGUCCGUAAAAACAGCAUGGAGAGCAUCUCAUCUAUCGACCGUGACCUGAGCCCUGAGGAGAUGGACAUCCUGCAGAAGGAGGUGGAGAUGGCGAGGGAGACCUCCCAGUGGGAGCGGGAGGAGUUGGAUAAAGUGGAACGUAUGCGUUUGGAGCGCGAGGAGGCCACACGGCAGCUAGAGGAAGAGGCCGAGAACUUGAGCAGCGGCCCUCUAAAACUGGACUACAAAACACUGGCAGCACUGCCCACAACCAGCCUGCAGAAGGUCAACAGGGCGCCCUCCGCAGACACCCAGAGGAUGGACAGUCCCAUUCGUGAUAUGUCCUACUCACCUAGCUCCCAGCCCGCCAGCAUCCAUUUCACCCCUAAUGCCACUGCCAAGGACAAUUCAUCUACCAAGCCGGGUGUCAUCCAGCCCAUGUCUCGCAUGAGGCAGACGUCCUCGCCAUCGAGUCAGGAUGGCCACAGCAGCCCUAACCCCUUCCAGCAUGGCCCCUCCCCCAUCAACUCCCAGACUUCUCCGCGCGCCCCUUCCCCUGACACAAUUGAAGAUUUUCCCAUCAAUAUCAAGCAGGCCUACAAGGCCUUUGCCGCUGUGCCCCACUCUCUGGCAGUGCUGGAGCCACCUCAGGACAAAUAUGUUCAACGGAACAACAAUGUCCACCCUGUACAGCCAUCUCCUGAGCCCAGUCUUAGAGAUGAUGUGUUUGCGGAUGAGGAGGAGGUGGAUGAGGGACCAGACUCUGUCUCUCCCCACCCCUCCCUCGCCUCAGAUCGCCGUGACUACGUGAGUCUGGCGGCAGUGCCACGUCUUUCACGGGCCUCUGUGGAGAUGAAGACACCCAGUCCUAGUGGAAAGGACAGCCCAGAGCAGCGGUCCUUCAGGGAUCGGCAGAAGUACUUUGAGAUCGACGUGAAGCAGCAGACUCCAGACAGUAAGCCCAAGCCCCGCGUGUCCCUGGUGGGGGAGGAUGACCUGAAAAAGAUGAAGGAGGAGGAAGCCAAGCGGUUCGACCAGAGUGCACGGGACUUCUUGCUCGACGAAGAUGAGGAAGAAGAGGACGACCUUGCUAAGCAGGUGGCGGCGAUGAAGGCUAGUGGGAAGGUGGUGCUGGAUGGCGUGGAGUAUAAGGUGGAGAGUGUGGGUGGGAACAGCUCCCAUUCGGCCACGCCCCCCAGGCAGUGUGCUACGCCCCCCAACUACAGCACCCCACCGCCCAGCUACUGUGGAACACCAGGGCCUUCAUUAGUAGAUGGUAGGGGAGACUCCCAGAGAAACUCCAUGGAGGAGUCCUUCAGACUGGACCAGAGGCCCAACUCCAUGACUGGACUGGUGCCCAUGUACCCUGGUGGUGGUGAGUCUGGAGCGCCCAUCCGGACUGCCAAGGCCGAGCGCAGGCACCAGGAGCGUGUGCGCAUGCAGAGCCCCGAGCUGGCCGUGGCCUCGGACAAGGACAUGUCGCCCAGUGAGAAGCGUGCCCUGGAGGCCGAGAAGAGGGCAAUGUGGAGAGCAGCCAGGAUGAAGUCUCUGGAGCAGGACGCCCUGAAGGCUCAGAUGGUCAUCGCCAAGUCCAAGGAGAAUAAGAAGCGCAGCACACUGGACCAGCUGGCCGAGUCCCCCUCGCCGGCCCCCACCCCCUCCCCCACGCCUCUGGAAGACAUCAGUCCUCGAGGUGUGACGUCACCGGGCAGACUGUCCCUGUCAGAAAAGAAGUUUGACUACCGACAGUUUGCUGCCAUUCCUUCUUCCAAACCUGUUUACGACAUCCAGUCUCCUGACACUUCUGACAACAUGCGCUACAUUGACGACGGCUCCAGCAACCCAGCAGUGGGUGCUGAUGUGGAAGUGUCUGCUGUGGUGGGCAGCUCUGCUCUGGAGGAGAUGGCUCUCUACAGCAACAAACGCAAACUCCGCCAGGCUCGCCGCAGCCUGGAGACGGCAGUGCCCACAUAACACACACACACACACACACACGAUAGACACAAUCGUAACCACACAUGCAAACACACUCUCUCAAACACUAAUGACUAAGAUGGAAGUUGGAACACUAAUGCCCACAAGUACUCAUAGAGAUACUUCACAGUAAUCACACACUCUAAAACACACACACACACACAUUUACAGACCAGCUUUCAGAUCAAAGCACCAAGAUGAAUCGACUCACCCCACCGCCACAACCUUAAGGGGUGUCCAUGGACAUGUUCGCCACUCCAGCUCCUCGUCUUCUGGACGCCGGUCCUGCCUUUCAGAGUCCAGGGCUGGCCAGGGAAACCACAUGUUCCUGGUGCUCGGUGCUGGACAAAAGAGCAGAAGUGAUGCUACAAGACCACCAACACUUCUUUCAUUCAUCUCACCAUUUUUUCAUUCUCUCCCAGCCGGCCUUCAGUUUGCGUUUUAGAAGCUGAAUUAUUUUAAACUGACAACUCACGCUGUUUGUUUUGUUUUUUUGUUGUUGUUGUUUUUUUUAUUCACACCUAGUAUUUUAAUGUCAAAAAAGACAAUUGUUGUAUGAAGAGAGAAAAAAAACUGUAAAGAGAUGUAGUUGCUGUUGUACUAACUAAAUAUGCUGAUUAUGACUAGGACUAUGCUAGAGGGAUCCUGUUGCAGUUUGAGGGGAGAGACACUGCUACCUUCACUACCCCCAGUCCACUAGUCCUAAUGCCCACCAGGUUAAUCCAGAAACCCAUUUGAAGUCCUCUCUAUUGUGAUCUUGUCAUUUUCAGGUGUUUUCAAACAUUUUUCAAAGUGGACAUCAUCCCAGAAAGGGUGGGUGGGUGGGUGGGGGUCUUAUUUUUGGGUGCACCAAUUACCUCAUGGGCAGGAGAAAGGUGGUGCAGAGCCUGGCACAGUCCCACUGCUCUGUGUGUCUGUUGGGAAGCUUUCCUUUCUUUUCAAACUCGAGGCCUUGUCACAGAGCUUUAAAUUCAUGGCAUAUCUGGCAAUCUGUCAUAUCCUCCAUGUGUGAAUUGCAGCUUGCUUCAGAGUUAUGCAGAUGAAUGUAAUUGUAUUUUUCUUCUUCUCUGAAACUUGUAUCUUUUGGAUCCAUAUUUGGGUGUCUUGCGUGAAGACGUCACAUCAGACAAGGCACUGAUGCUCUCCCAACAAUCGCGAUAUUUUCAAAUUGAAAGUAGGAAGUGGCUGUUGUGAUCCCUUUUGAACUGGACGGUUUAUGUUGUAUGACCACUUGCUCGUCAAACACUGUCUGGGAGAGGAGAUUUAAAGAUAAUAAUAAUGAAUAAAACCAGGCAUCAGCCUAUUGGCUGGUUCUGUCGUUGAUUUCCCAGCGCUGCAGUUGCCAGCAGUAUGUGGUCUUUCUGGACCAGUUGGAGAUGAUUCAUAUUUUUCCCUGGACCAUGUUACUAUUUUCCAGGGUUAGUCCACAGAAUGUGACUAUAUACUGGAGAAGACAGCAAGAGAACAAUCCAAAUGCUUGUUCUUUUACACACACACACAUCCAUACCCACAGUUUGCAGAUAAACAUGCAAUCAUCUGACCAUAACUUUUAAGAGCCAGUUGUGGAGCAGUUCAUCUCAUCUCCAUAUGGACUAAAUGGUACCAUGCUUUCCUUUUCUUGUUUAUGGGGAGGGAACACAAGCAGACAUAUUUGCUUUGUUUAGUUGUUUAUAAAACUCAUUAAACAUAUCUGCUUUCUGGGGGUGCUCCAGACAUGCUUGUGGAGGUAGUAGCUCAUUUUUACUGUUUUAUUUUUUUUAAGUAUCUUUUACCAUAUGAAUGAUUAAUUUAAAUCUGAAGCCACUGAAAAAUGUUUAUGGUCAUGUGAAUAAUGUACAAAUAACAUGAAAGGUGAAAGGAAACACUCAUCUAAUGUGAGCUGGUUCACACCACAGUCAAGUCCUGAGCGUAGAUGAGCUCCAACUGCUCCCUGCCUGUAUAUUGGCUAUAGUGCUGCAUUGAUUUCUUGUUUUUCUGAAGAGGGAGAGAGAUUAAUCCUUCCCAUAGAAAAAAAAGAGAGAUAGAGAAAUGUAUUUUAUUUUUGAGCUUUCAGAAUACAGUCUUUCCUCGAGCGGACAGCCUUCAGACCUGCAUUUGGAGGGGUUUGUUUUGAAGAAUCAUAUCAAGAAAAUAGCAUUUGUGUUUUUAAUUUAAUUUUACUAAUCUUAGCGCCUGUUGUUUUUAUCCUGUUUUUAUUUUUGUUUUGUUUUUAUUUGUUUUGGUUUAUGUUUUGCUUUUCCAUUUUGCUUUCACUGACUGAAAUUCAGUUUGGUUGAUAACACUUAUGGGAAUGGCUGAUUUUAGCUCUUUCUAUUGGUUUUCUUUCCCAAAACCAGCAGUCAAAAUCAUGGUUCUCCAAACUAACGAGAUUCACUACAUUAUUAUAAUUUCAUGUUCCAUUACAGGACAGUUGUUUGAUCAUCUUUUUUUGGUUCGUUCUUCUCUUGGGAAGGGGAGGAUGCGGGGCGGGAGGGAGGGUUUUGCAAAUGGGUGGGAGGGCAGAGGGCGUGAGGACAAGGGUUAGAGUUCAUCCAAGACUGUAACUAGUGAAUUUGUACAACCAAAGAAGUCUAUUUUGUGGUUCAGGAAUAAUAAAGUUUACUUUUCAUUUAACAUGA